CGCCAGUCGCCGUCCGUCCAUCCGUCGCCAUCGCCGGACGUGUUCAACGCGACGGCAACCAUCGUCGUCCUGGCUCACCUCGACUGGUGGCUCCCAGGACAUGGGCUAAUUCGACGCAUUCUCCCGGAGUCAGAGAUUCCUGGGUGAUUUCCCAGUACAGUACAGGGCGCUAAUCCAAUUAUUGAUGGGAGGGAGUCCCGUCUCUAUAUACGCGCGCCGUCCCUGCCUUUCUCAGCUUUCGCCCAGGACAAAUCGCCCGCUGGCUGGUGGUUGCUUGUAGGCAGCCUCUCUGAUCCCUGGUCUCUCGGAAGGUUCCCGCAUGGUGACCGCGGCCGGCUCCGCCUGCAGCAUGUUCAGCUUCGCAUUGGCCCCCUCGUCGUCCCGCCGCCGCGCGUCCUGCCGCCACCGACCGUGACCCGCCCGCCCGCGCGUCACCAGCUGGUCUCGUCGCCUCGACCGCUCGGAGCUGUUCAGGAGACCGGUGCUAGCGGCACGCGCGACGAACGAACGAUGCCUCCUCUGGCGCCGCCGCACGGCGAGAGGGGCGGCAGGCAGCGGCAGGAAACGGCGGCGGCUACGGGGCCAAGCGCGGCGGCUCGGCAGCGGUCGGCGUCGUUCCACGGCCGCGGCGUGGAGCAGCGGCACCAGCUGCAGAAGCAGCGGCCCAAGACGCUGCCAGACCUGCUCGCUGGGGUGAGGAGGGCGAGCUUCCGCUCCGGGUCCCCGCCCCCGCGCGCCGGCGGCGAGACGGGGAGGAGGACGCCGAGCAAGGUGCUGGUGAGCGUGGCCGUGCAGCGCAGCUUGUGGCCGCUGCACGUCAUGGCGUCCGCCGAGUGGACCGUGGCCGACCUCGUGGCGGCCGCCGUGGCGCUCUACGUCAAGGAAGGCCGCCGGCCGCUGCUGCCGUCCGCCGACCCGGCCGCCUUCGGACUCCACUACUCCCAGUUCAGCUUGGAGAGUCUGGACCCAAAGGCGAAGGUUAUGGAACUGGGCUCCAGGAGCUUCUUCCUGUGCCCCAAAUCUUCAGCUGCCGGUCAGGCUGCUUCAUCGUCGUCCUCUAAUGGAGCCAGCAAGGUCAGCACAGUGGCGUCAGGGAACGCACCAGCUUUGCUGAGCUAUAUGCAAUUCUGGCCGAUGAUGUAAUCAGCUAGCACCCCCAGCACCAGCUUCCAUCCAUAGUAAGAAAGCGUCUAGUGUCCUGUAUUUUCAGGAAUCAGGUCCAAAAGAAUCUCCCAACUUUUGCACUUGUGAGACAGGUGGCUACAAGAACAUUGUAAAUGUGUAAUGUAUAAAGUUCAGAGGAUGAGACUAUAGUGAGUAAGGUGCAUGUGCGAUUGUGCCAAAAGCCUGUGCCUCAUGUUACACCCCACAUUCAGAAACAUAUCAAUUUUUUUGUGUAAUUAGAACAGUUAUUAUAGUGGCAAAAAAUGCUGUUGUUAUCUUAUGUAAAUUAACUAUUGUAUGUACAUCA